GCCUGGGGUCCUUGAGCAGGAGGCUGUCGGCACGGGUGUGUUACAUUACAGUCUCCUUCAGUUCGCCCUCCAACUGGCCAGACCCUCCACAUUGGCUCAGCGCUGGAAAUAAGUUCAACAGGCGUACUUGAAUAACCUCACUCCACUCCUUUUAACAGAUAAAAUGGCAGUUCCCCCAACAUAUGCUGAUCUUGGCAAGUCUGCCAAAGACAUCUUCAACAAAGGAUAUGGAUUUGGUAUGGUGAAGCUCGAUGUCAAGACAAAAUCAGCCAGUGGAGUGGAGUUCAAGACCUCUGGUUCCUCCAACACUGACACCAGCAAAGUGGUGGGCAGCCUGGAGACCAAAUACAAGAGGUCUGAGUAUGGUCUGACCUUCACAGAGAAGUGGAAUACUGACAACACCCUGGGCACAGAGAUCACCAUUGAAGACCAGAUUGCAAAGGGACUGAAGUUGACCUUCGACACAACCUUCUCACCAAACACAGGAAAAAAGAGUGGAAAAGUCAAGACUGCAUAUAAGCGGGAGUACGCCAACCUGGGCUGUGACGUUGACUUCGACUUUGCCGGUCCAACCAUCCACGGUGCUGCAGUGGUCGGCUAUGAGGGAUGGCUCGCUGGUUACCAGAUGUCCUUCGACACUGCCAAGUCCAAGAUGACCCAGAACAACUUUGCUGUAGGCUACAAAACAGGAGACUUCCAGCUGCACACUAAUGUUAAUGAUGGCUCAGAGUUUGGUGGCUCAAUCUACCAGAAAGUGAGCGAUAAGCUGGAGACAGCAGUGAAUCUGGCCUGGACAGCAGGAAGCAACAGCACACGCUUCGGCAUUGCUGCCAAGUAUCAGCUGGACAAAGAUGCUUCCAUCAGUGCUAAAGUGAAUAACACCAGCCUUGUCGGUGUUGGUUAUACUCAGACUCUGAGACCAGGUAUCAAGUUGACCCUGUCGGCCCUGGUUGAUGGAAAGAGCAUCAAUUCGGGUGGCCACAAGCUGGGCUUGGGCUUGGAGCUGGAGGCCUAAACCUGCUCCCGCUUAACAUCAGGGACAAGGGAAUAUCAGAGAAAUCUGGCCUUAAAUCUUACUCCAACAGCAACCAGCAGGGGGAUUCCGGAUGGGAUGGGAUGGGAUGGGAUGUGUGCAAAGGUUCAUCAAAAGCGAUCAUGUCAUGGUGUUUCUUUUUGUCCCCUCCUGGUCCUAAUGCCCUUGUUUAUUUUUAUUUGUAGUUGUUCUCUUAUAGACAUUCAGCUACAAAUUAAUUUCUUCAUCUCUCUCCAGCACUGCCACAGUAAUGAUAUGCUCUCUGGGACGGAGGGCAUCUGUGGCUUUCUGUUGUGUUCCCUUCUCAGUUAGCCGGUGGUGGGUGUGGGGUGGAUUUGUGACAACUGUCUCUGAUUUCAUCAUUUGUAUUGUAUCUGAUAUUCCUUAGUCGUCUGAAUGCGAUUCAAGCAACCACUUAACUCGAUAUUAAAGGUUAUACCUGCUAUUAUUUAAAUACUGUGAUACCGUUUUCUUCUUUCCAUGCACGCAUGGACAAGCUUAAGCAGUUUAUUUUUCCUUCGGCAGCCAUCCAGAGUAACUGUUGUACGUGAAGUCUGCCCUCGAACUAAGCAGUUUUUGGGUAGCCUAAUUGGGAGAUGAACGCUGGUGUUCCUGUGCUGGUAUGGCUGGCCUUUUAUUUUCAUUUGCAGCACAGACGACUAUCCGUGGCUCACCGUGAUGGCGGAACGGGUCUUGUGGAUGUGGUUUGAGUUCAGUACCCUUUGCUCCCCGUGUUGCGUUAUGACCCUAAUUCCCUGACACCAUGAGUUCACAACACCUGAGAGGUCCUUAUGUGUAUGUUUGAACUUUUCAAUAAACUAUUUGAAUUCA